GAAAUAAAAAACAGAACACGCGGCGGCCAUGUUUGUAGUCCAUCUCUGCAGGGGCUUGGUUGAAAACACACGAUUCUUUUUUCUUCUGGUCGUGAUUUCGGGGAUUUAUUUGGUGUUAACGGGUCAAAUCAGCACAGAUUCUUGCUAAGACACUGACAGGAAGAUGCAGGAUGACGCACGCUACCUCAAACGGAAAGUGACUGCUGGUAGUCUGGAUGUCCACCCCACAGAGAAGGCACUUGUGGUGCACUAUGAGGUGGAGGCAUCCAUCCUGGGAGAGGACGGAGGGCCUAUGCUCGGCGAGCGCAAGGAAGGACAGAAAAUUAUUCGUGUGAAGAGCUUAAGCCCAAGCACAGAUGUGGGGGCACUUGCCAAAAAGGUGGUUGAGGAGUGCAAACUGAUCCCAGCCUCCCGCCUGCCGCAGGUGGAGCAGCUGCUGUACUACCUGCAGAACCGCAAGACCUCCCCAGUGGAAGGACGAGGGGAAAAGAAAGAAAAAAGGAUAGCAAAGCCCAGAGAAUUGGCACCAUUUGAAGGGAUGGAGUUAAAUGAAGAAGCCAGUAUAACUAAAGUUGAGGAGUAUGUUGAAAUGCUGUAUGAAGGCAUCCCAGAGAAGAUCCGAGGCUCUGCCCUCAUCCUGCAGCUGGCCCGUAACCCUGACAACCUGGAGGAGCUGCUACAUAAUGAGGCAGCUCUGGGGGCUCUGGCCAGAGUUUUGAGAGAAGACUGGAAACAAAGUGUGGAGCUGGCAACAAUCAUUAUCUACAUCUUCUUCUGCUUUUCCAGUUUCUCACAGUUCCAUGGAGUGGUGAGUCAUUAUAAGGUGGGUGCGUUGUGUAUGAGUGUCAUUGAACAUGAACUGAAGAGACAUGAUGUGUGGAAAGACGAGCUACGCAAGAAGAACAAAGCCUGUGAGUCAGCUCCAGAAAACGGUUCCCUUCGAAGAGACCAAGACAAAGCCACAAGGAAAUACCAGAGUCUGUUGGCCAAACAGGAGCAGUUGCUACGAGUGUCUUUGUACCUGCUGCUGAACCUGGCGGAGGACACAAGGACAGAGCUGAAGAUGAGGAAUAAAAACAUCGUCGGUCUUCUGGUCAAAGUGCUGGAGCGGGAUGACGAGGAGCUGCUGGUGCUGGUGGUGUCUUUCCUCAAGAAACUCUCCAUCUUCCUGGAGAACAAAAAUGACAUGGCUGAGCUGGACACGGUGGAGAAGCUGUCACGCCUGGUCCCCAGUGAACACGAGGAUCUGCUGAACCUCACGCUCAGACUGCUGCUCAACCUGUCCUUCGACUCUGGGCUCCGAGCCAAAAUGGUGGAGGUGGGGCUGCUGCCUAAACUCACAGCACUUCUGGGAGACGAGAACAACAAGCAGGUGGCCAUGCGCAUCCUGUACCAUAUCAGCAUGGAUGACCGCUUCAAGGGAAUGUUUGUGUACACAGACUGCAUCCCUCAGCUCAUGCAGAUGCUUUACGAACACGGAGAGGAGGACUUUGAAAUCGAGCUCAUCUCCAUCUGUAUCAACCUGGCAGCCAACAAGAGGAACGCGCAACUCAUGUGUGAAGGCAACGGCUUGAAAAUGUUGAUGAAGAGAGCUCUGAAAAAGAAAGACUGCCUCCUUAUGAAGAUGAUCAGAAAUAUCUCACAACACGACGGCCCCACCAAAGCCUUAUUUAUUGACUACGUAGGGGACUUGGCAGCAGAGAUCCGGGCGGAGGAGGAGGAGCAGUGGGUGGUGGAGUGUCUGGGGACUCUGGCCAACCUCACCAUCCCCGACCUGGACUGGGAACUGGUGCUCAAAGAGUACAAUCUGGUGCCCUAUCUCAAAGACCGACUCAAGCCCGGCUCUGCAGAAGAUGAUCUGAUCCUAGAGGUGGUGAUCAUGAUCGGAACGGUUUCCAUGGACGACGCAUGUGCCGCCAUGUUGGCUAAAUCGGGCAUUAUCCCAGCUCUAAUAGAGUUAUUGAAUGCCCAACAGGAGGACGAUGAGUUUGUUUGUCAGAUUGUGUACGUCUUCUAUCAGAUGGUUUUUCACCAGGCCACGCGAGACGUCAUCAUCAAAGACACACAGGCUCCUGCUUACCUGAUCGACCUGAUGCACGACAAGAACGCUGAGAUCAGGAAAGUGUGUGACAACACGCUGGACAUCAUCGCUGAGUACGAUGAGGAGUGGGGCAGGAAGAUCCAGUCGGAGAAGUUUCGUUUCCACAACAACCAGUGGUUAGAAAUGGUGGAGAGUCGGCAGGUGGACGAGUGUGAGCCUUAUCUCUAUGACAACGACAACGACCACACGGACCUCUUCUACAGCGCAGAUGGGAUAACUCCAGGAGACGGCUCGGUCAGCCCAGAUUUCUUUGGAGAUUUUCAGCCGUCCAAUGGAGACCUGCAUCUGGGAAGUGGGGAUGUUCCAGAGGUGUUUGACCAGACCACCUCGUCUCCGGGGCGACCGGUAACAGCGUACGGCUUCAGACCAGACGAGCAGCCUUUCUACAACUAUUCAUAGGCAUAAGAACAACUAAUAGCCCCAAUCAUUCAAAUAGUCACUAUGCCUCCUGCUGUCUGUAGAUACACUGCACCACGAGCUUCUGACUCAAAUGUUGCUUACUUUGUAUCUUAGACAUUAAAGUUGACAGACAAACUGUUAAAUAUGUGAAUUUUGGCACAGCUGUUCAAACUGGGCUAAUGUAAUCUUCUAGGCCUUUGCAUCAUUACUUCACACUUUAUGUCUGUGCCAAUCCUCGAUAACAUUUAUUCAAUACUUAAAGGCUCUGUACCUGAUUUUUAUCAUCUUUAAAAACAUGAAACGUGAAAAACAGAAGUAGGUAAUUUUAAACGGUUUACAGUUCAAUAUAUCACUUCCGUAAUAUAUUCUGAACAUCCUAAUUAUUCACCACAAUGAGCGCUUUUAGCAGGUUUCAGAGGCCAGAGUGGAGUGUCGUCACAACAACUAGCAUGCUGAGAGUGCACUUCCUUGUUUGAGGAGGAUAAAAACACAUAAGCAUACACUGGUCACCUUAAGAUCUGAUUUUACAAUAUAUAUCUGUACUGGGGCAAAACUAAUGUUUUCUUUUCUUACAUGAAAGCGAUGAGGUGCAGCCCCUUUAAGGCUCACUGAGACAGUUCACAAUAGCAAUUUAUGAAACACCGAUUUCCAUUAGUUUAACUGUGAGGUAGAAAUGCUAACCACUCUGCCACCGCAUAGAAUGUUGUUGACCCCUUUUUGCAAUGAAGAACUCAAAGCUUGUUCUUUUAUGUUGUGUGUGUCAAAUCAUUGCAGUGUUAGACCAUCGUUACCUAUUGUUUGUAGAACAUAUCCAAAAUGACAUUUCAUUAUCACUUUGAAUUUGCAAAAAGGUCACUGGAUAAUUGUGAAACUUUUAACACUGGACUUAACCUGACAGUUUUGUAACACUUUAGUUUAAGGUCCACAUAUAAGCUGCUAACUAAAUAGUAACUGGUAAGCUCGUUAGUGGUUAUUUAACUGUUAUAUAUACAUUUAUAUAACACUUCAGUUUUCACUAAGAUGAUGGUGAAUGUAGUAGCGCCUAUUGCUUAAUCAGGAUUCGGUUUGCAGUUGUUUUAAUUGUUUUUAUUUAGAUUUUGAUGAUUUAGAUGGAGAAAAGGCAGAAAAGAGAAGGUGUAGUGCUGCUAACUAAAUAGUAACUGGUAAGCUCGUUAGUGGUUAUUUAACUGUUAUAUAUACAUUUAUAUAACACUUCAGUUUUCACUAAGAUGAUGGUGAAUGUAGUAGCGCCUAUUGCUUAAUCAGGAUUCGGUUUGCAGUUGUUUUAAUUGUUUUUAUUUAGAUUUUGAUGAUUUAGAUGGAGAAAAGGCAGAAAAGAGAAGGUGUAGUGUGAGUUGGCUAAAGAGUUGGGAGUGGAUUAUGAGUUUAAUCUGCCAGGCUGCAUAUUUUCCUUGUACUUUUUUCUACAUGAAUAGUAGUUUUUGCAUGAACUCCCCCUGCAGGUGUAGUCUUGUGAGUGCAGUUUUGGUCUGAUACAUAGAGAUGGGUAGUAGUUUUGAGAAUUUUUACCACACCCCCUUUUUUCGUCAACUGAGCGAUUGACUUUUUUUUGACUACAGCUCUAAUAGGCAUCACGUUAUACCUUUUACUAUUAGCUAUUAAUAUGCGGUCCAUUAACUAAAGUGUUACCUGUUUUAUUACUUUUGUUAUAUUGUGAACAAAAUAUCAUAACAUUUCCGAGAGGUGUAACUAACUUGACCACUAAUGUGCAUUGACAUUUUGAAAGUCUCAUCCAUAUUUUUAGUGAAUGUUUACACUUCUUUUACUUUCCAGCACUACAGCAACUUACUGUACAGUGCCAUUGAAAGAACUGUAUCGUUAAAGAGGAGGUAUUGUGCUAAAUUGACUUUUUUAUUUUUAACUUUUUGUUUUAUCAUUGUUUCCUCAUUACAAUACAAUCCAAUGCACUACAACUUCACAAACCUGAUGCGAUGUGCAGUAGUUUAAUUAGCAAAAUGCGCACAAAUUGUAAUGUGAUAGCGCUCUGAAGGGAGUGACUUGGGGCAUCAAAAACAAAAAAUGUACUUAUUAAACAUGAUAAUUUGCAUUUUUUAAACAAUAAAAAGUAACAUUGUGAUCUAAAUAUGUUAUGUGUUAGCAGUUAAUUGUAAUACCUCCUCUUUAACAUGACUGACAUAUAUCGUAUUAUUAUUUAUAGGCAUUUUUGCACACUUUAGACUGCAUGUUUAUAUAAGUUAUUGUUCGUAUACUGUAUGCAGAGUUGUUUUUUUAUUAUUAAAUAUCAUUGCUACUAUCCUCACUGGUAUAAACUGUAAACGUGUACCUGGGCAUACAUUUCUGGUCUUGUUGUAUGUUGUUAAAAUACAAGAACAGACGCUCCAAAUAAAAAGAUGUUAUAC